AUGUGCACUGCAGGCUUGGUGCUCCUGGGGCUCGCCCUGAGGCUUCAGGCCGCCACUGCUCAGCCAGAAGACCACAGCUUUUGUUCUAAGAACCAGGUGGCCUUCGGAAAUGCUUGCUAUGAGUUUGUGCCACUUGGACGCACCUUCCGCGGUGCCCAGAGCUGGUGUGAAGGGCAAGGAGGCCAUCUGGUCUUCGUUCGUGAUGAGCGCACCCAGCACUUUCUGCAGCGGCACCUCUCCCAGGACAGAGAGUGGUGGAUUGGGCUCACAGGGACCUCGGCAUGCAACGGGACCACGGGAGGGCCCGGGACCUGGUUGGACCUCUCCAAUGUGAGCUUCAGCAACUGGCAGCCGGGGAGGGCGGCUCCCGCUGCCCAGACCUGCGGCUACAUCAGCAGAGGCCCCUCCGCCGCGUGGGCGGCCGUGGACGACUGCGCCCAGACCUUUGCCUUCAUCUGCGAGUUUGAGAAUGGCCAGAGCCUGGCGUGUGAAGGCCUCAAUGCCACCAUGCACUGUGGCUCCGGAGAGGUCAUCCAGGUCCAGGAUGCCGUCUACGGGCGCCAGACCCCUCACUACUGCACCCAGGAUGCCUGGCGGCCCUCGGACCCGGAGGAGGACUGCAGCUGGGUCAGCGUCAGGGACGAGGUGGCAGGCCAGUGCCAGGGGCUGCAGGCUUGCCAGGUGGCAGCAGACGGGACCUACUUUGGAGACCUGUGUCCCAGCCGGGGCAGCUACCUGUGGGUGCAGUACCAGUGCCGGGAAGGCCUACGGCUGCUGGUGUCCAACGAAAGCUUCACCUUUGACAAUGUCACCAUCUCUCUGACGUGGCUGCUUUCUCCCUAUGUUGGAAACCUGUCCUGCAUCCUUAAUAUGGGAGAUGGCCACACCCUUGAUCCCUACUACCCCUCCAGCUUGUCCAGCACCGUGAGCCACCAGUUCACGUCCCCGGGAGAGUUCUCCGUGUUUGCUGAGUGCACAACCAGCGAGUGGCACGUGACAGCUCAGCAGCAAGUGACUGUGCAAGACUCAACGGAGAGGCUGCGUGUCACUGGGUGCCCCAGCCUGUCCGGCUCAGGAGCUGGCCUUCUCUGCAGGGCUGUCUUCGGGGACCCUCUGUGGAUCCAGGUGGAGCUCAAUGCAGGGGCAGGGGUGAUCUACGCUGUGCUCUUGGGUAACACAACCCUGCUUGAGUCUCCCACCCAGCGGGGCUCGCCGCCCUACAACCUGACCCUGGAUGGAGACACCCAGCACCUGCUGGGCCCUGGGCGGCACCUCCUGGAGAUCCGUGCCCAAAGUGACAGCUCCGCCUCCGCGCUGUCCCGGGACCUCACAGUGCAGCUCGUGGAGCUGCUGUCGGGGCUGCAGGCCUCCUGGGCUUCCACCCGCGUGGAGCGUGGACAGGACCUGCUGCUCAACGUCUCCGUGGCUCACGGCACUCUGGAGAGGCUGACCUUUGAGGUGACCGGUCUCAAUGCCAACUUCUCCCAAGAAGAAGAGAGCUUCGGGGAGCCAUCUGGGACUUACCGGGUGGCAGUUCCCGUCGAAGGCACCUUUGUGGUCACCGUGCGGGUGAGCAACGCCUUCUCGAACCUGAGCUUGGAGCUGGGAAGCGUCACAGUCACAGGCAAGGCUCCCGCUGUGUUCACAGGUCUCCGAGAACCAUCUGGAGCGAAUGCGGAAGGAAAGAAUGGAGACAAGGGGAGCGUGGAGCUGUACGCUGAGCCUGGUCUGUACGUGGAUCCUUUCACUACUGUCACGCUGGGCUGGCCAGACGGCGACAAGGACUUGCGCUUCCACUGGUCCUGUGGGCGCUGCUGGCCUCAGUGGAGCGACUGCGUGCAGAGGCGGCUCCUCCGCACAGACCAGCGGGAGCUGGUGGUCCCGCCGCCCUGCCUGCCACCGCCGGACUCCGCUGUCACCCUGCGUCUGGCCGUCCUGAGGGGCCAGGAGCUGGAGAUCGAGGCAGAGCGGUGCCUCUACGUGUCCGCCCCCUUGGACCUCAGGCCUCGGGUCAGCUGUGAGCAGAACUGCCGACCAGUGAAUGCCGAUGCGGACGUUCUCCUCAGAGUCACCCUGGGAGGCGAUGCCCCGGCCGCCGUGUUCAGCUGGUACUUAGACCAUCCCUCUGCAGAGCAGGCCGAGCCCCUCCCGACCGCCUGCGGCCUCCCGGGGUUUUGGCCGAGGUCCCCAGUCCUCCUGCAGAGUAACGCCUCCACACUGCUGCUGGACAGCCGCUCCCUGCGCUCCUGGGGCCAGGUGAUCAGGAUCCGAGCCACAGCACUGACCAGGCACAUGUAUGGGGAGGACACCUAUGUGAUCAGCACACUGCCGCCCCUUGAGGUGCCCACCUGUGCCAUCUUCCCAGAGGAGGGCACGGUUCUGACCAGCUUCGCCAUUCUCUGCAACACCUCUGUGGCCGUGGGCCCCCUGGAGUUCUGCUUCUGCCUGGAAUCAGGUUCCUGCCUGCACUGCGGCCCUGACCCAGUUCUCCACUCCGUCUAUCUGCCGCUUGGAAAAGAAAACAAUGACUUUGUGCUGACAGUGGUCAUUUCUGUCACCAAUCAAGCAGGGGACAGACAGCAGACCCAUGCAACCGCCAAGGUGGGACUUGGCGACACUUGUGUCGAGGAUGUGGCAUUGCAGGCUGCGGUGCUGGAGAAAAUCACUGCCACCCUGCAGGGUGAUGGUGGCCCCGAGCGGCUUCUCCAGCUGGCCAAGUCUGUGUCGUCCGUGCUGAACCUGAGCCCGGGCUCUGGGCCAUUCCUGGAGGCGGACACUAGGCGGAAGGUUAGAGAGCGUGUGCUGGGCUCGCUGUCCACAGUCUCGGCCAGCCUGGAGGACAUGCAGAGCGUACAGAGGCUGGCCGAGGUGCUGAGAGAGCUGACCCACCACUCUGAGCUCAUGCCCGCGGCCCGGGCCAGCCAGGCUCUGUACCUCGCCAGCGAGGCCCUGUUGACAGCGAGUGCCACAGCCCGUCCUGAGGACAGAAGGCGCCAGGUGGCCACCAGGGACCUGUUUGUGGCCGUGGGAAGUGUACUGGACGUGUCCCUGAGCUACAGACCAGAGGAGCCCGGGGAGACCAACGCCAGCCAGGCGGGCCCAGUGGCCUCACUGCUCAGGGCGGCAGAGCGCGUGCAGACUGCUCUCCUGCUGGGCACGUUGCCCGGGGGACCUCCGGCCAACCUGGCCACCCCCUCCAUCUCUGUGUACGCAGACAGGAUACAGCCGAGGAAGUGGCGAGGAGCCUCCCUGCACAUUGCGACUGCUAAGUCCGCGGCCUUCACGCUGCCCGCCGAGGCCCUCCGCUGUGCAGAGCACGCACAGGAGCCUGUGGACAUCAGGAUGAUGAGCUUCCGGACGAGCCCCUUCCCAGCCGGCAGCGGGUUUGCUGUCAGCGGAACGGUGGGCAGCUUGUGUCUGAGCAGCCCCAGCGGACGGCUCAUCCCUGUGAGGAACCUGUCCCAGAAGGCUGAGAUCCUUCUGCCUCGGCCUCCGGAGGGGCACACCACACCCAGCGUGUUGAACCUGACCGGAGCUGAGGUUCUGCAGGUGAACAGGACCUCCAGACGGUCGGCUCUGGGGGUCCAGCUGCACUGGGGACCCGGCGUCCCACUCACACUCAGCCUGGGCUACGGCUACCACCCCAACGCCACCAGCUACGACGUCCAAACCCGCCUGCUGCCUGCGGCUGCUCCAGAUGAGCCGGCCACGUGGAUCCUGGGCCCUGAGGAGUUGCCCUUCGGAGAAGGCAUCUACUACCUGAGUGUGGUGCCCGAGUCUGACCUGGAGCCGGCCCCUGGCGAGGACCUCACCGUUGGCAUCACCACCUUCCUGUCCCACUGUGUGUUCUGGGAUGAGGUCCAAGAGACUUGGGACGACUCCGGAUGCCAGGUGGGGCCGCGGACCACGCACUCCCGGACGCACUGCCUCUGCAGCCACCUCACCUUCUUCGGAAGCACCUUCCUCGUGAUGCCCAAUGUGGUUGACGUCCGGCGGACGGCAGAGCUCUUCGCCACCUUUGAGGACAACCCCGUGGUGGUGAGCACCGUGGGCUGCCUGUGCGUGUUCUACGUGCUGGCGGUGAUCUGGGCCCGGAGAAAGGACGUGCAGGACCGGGCCAAGGUGAGGAUCACGGUACUGGAGGACAACGAUCCCUUGGCCCAGUACCACUACCUGGUGACGGUCUACACCGGGCACCGGCGAGGGGCGUCCACAUCCUCAAAGGUGACCAUCACCCUAUAUGGCCUGGACGGAGAGAGCGAGCCACACCGCCUGGCAGACCCCGCGUCCCCUGGGUUGGAGCGCGGAGGAGUGGACGUCUUCCUGCUGUCCACCCUGUUCCCCCUGGGGGAGCUGCGGAGUCUCCGGCUGUGGCACGACAACUCGGGGGACCGGCCGUCCUGGUACGUGAGCCGGGUGCUGGUCCACGACCUGGCGACUGGCCAGAAGUGGUAUUUCCUCUGCAACUCAUGGCUGUCCAUCGAUGUGGGAGACUGUGUCCUGGACAAGGUGUUUCCGGUGGCCACGGAGCAGGACAGGAAGCAGUUCAGCCACCUGUUCUUCCUGAAGACGUCCACAGGCUUCCAGGAAGGCCACCUCUGGUACUCCAUCUUCAGCAGCUCUGCCCGGAGCCGCUUCACGCGGGUGCAGAGGGUGUCCUGCUGCUUCUCCCUGCUUCUCUGCACCAUGCUGACCAGCAUCAUGUUCUGGGGGGUCCCCAAGGACCCGGCUGAGCAGAAGAUGGACUUGGGGGACAUCGAGUUCACGUGGCAGGAAGUGGUGAUCGGGCUGGAGAGCUCCCUGCUCAUGUUCCCCAUCAAUUUCCUGAUCGUCCAGAUCUUCCGCCACGCCCGGCCUCGGGGCGCGAAGGAGCAGGAGGCUGGGACCCCCACCCUAGCCCCGUCACCACAGCCCCUGGACGAUGGCCUUGUGACGCCUGAAGCGGUGACCAAGGACACGCGGCGACUCAUCAGCUGUCUGUGCAGAGCCCUGAAGCUGCCCUCGCCGGCCUCGGGCUGGGACUCUCUGAGCUCGGUGGACAUCAACACACUGCUGGCCUUGGCGGAAGACAUCCUCUGCCCUCAGAACCCAGCCGGGCAGGGACGCCGGGAGGAAGCCAAGGGGAGAGAGGACGCCUUUGCCGUGGCCCCCGGGUCUGCGCCAGUGACAGAGAGGACACAGGGCCCCGGGCCCGAGCUGGCCCUGCAGGACCUCUGGAAGGACGACGCCCACAGGCAGUGCCUCUACCGCCAGCUGGAGCACUUGGAGCAGGAGCUGCAGCUGCUAGGACCCCACAGCUUCCCGCAGCGACACGGCCACGCCAGGGCGCUCAGGCAGCUGCAGACCCUGAAAGGCCACCUGGGAGUGGCCACCCCCACACAUGCCAGGGCUCCCCGCCCCGGCGCGCCCCCUCGAGGCCUGCCCUGGUGGUGCACCCUGGUGGGCUGGCUCCUGGUGGCAGCCACCAGCGGCACGGCUGCCUUCUUCACCAUGCUCUACGGCCUGCACUACGGGCGCGCCAGCUCCCUCCGGUGGCUGCUGUCCAUGGCCGUGUCCUUGGCGGAGAGCAUGCUGGUCACCCAGCCCCUCAAGGUGUGGCUGCACUCCAUGCCCUCCGACCCGGUUUCACGUCCUGGUACGGCUUGGGCUCACACUGGCGGUGACGUGCAGGUGUUGGGCUUCGCCGCUUUCUUUGCACUGGUCUCGAAGAGGGUGGACGAUGAUGAUGACGACGACGAGAUGGAGCUCCCCCUGCCAGGACGCCUGUCUGGCCCAGGUCCCUGUGCCAUCUUCCGGGCACGGAGACACAGCAGUGGGGACAUCUACCAGCCACCUCUGCCCGCCGCCAUCGAGAGGAUGAAAGCCACCCGGCUGAAGGAGCAAAAGGCAUUUGCCCUCGUCUCGGAAAUCCUGGUGUACCUGGGCUUCCUGUGGACGCUGCUGCUGGUGGCGUACGGCCAGAGGGACCCGAGUGCCUACCACUUCCACGGGCACCUUGAGCGCAGCUUCACCAGAGGCUUUUCCGAAGUGCUGGGCUUCCCAGGGUUCUUCGAGUGGGCCAACAGCACCCUCGUGAACAACCUGUACGGUCCACACCCAGGCUUCGUCACAGACGGGAACUCCAAGCUGGUUGGCAGUGCCCACAUCCGCCAAGUGAGGAUCCGGGGAAGCUCCUGCCCCCUGGCCCCGCAGCUGCAGGCUUCUCUGAGCGGGUGCCGCGCACCGUACUCCCUGGACGAGGAAGACCGGGCUGACUACGGGGAAGACUGGAAUGCCUCUGCGCUCGGUAGCAGUGACCGCUUUCCUCCGGCCUGGUGCUACCAGGGCCAGAGCCAGCGUCGAGGGUACCCAACAUGGGGCAAGCUCGCUCUGUACCCCGGAGGGGGCUACGCGGUCCCUUUAGGGACUGAGCGCCAAAAUGCAUCGAGGGUUCUCCGGUAUCUCUUUGACCACGCCUGGCUGGACACCCUGACCAGGGCCGUGUUUGUGGAGUUCACCGUCUACAACGCCAACGUCAACCUGUUCUGCGUCAUCACGCUCACACUAGAGACCAGCGGCCUGGGAACCUUCUUCACCCACGCAGCCCUGCACAGCCUCCGCCUGUCCCCCCUCACCGACGGCUGGCACCCCUUCGUAGUGGCGGCAGAGCUCCUGUACUUCGCCUUUCUCCUCUACUACAUGGUGGUACAGGGCCAGCGUGUGCGGAAGCAGAAGUGGGGCUAUUUCCGCAGCAAGUGGAACCUGCUGGAAGUGGCCAUCAUCCUGGCCAGCUGGAGUGCCCUGGUGGUGUUCGUGAAGAGGGCUGUCCUGGCUGAGCGGGACCUCCAGCUCUACCGGAAGCACAAGGCAGACGGGAUCAGCUUCAGGGAGACAGCAGCGGCUGAUGCUGCCCUUGGAUACAUCAUUGCCUUCCUGGUCCUCCUAUCCACAGUGAAGCUUUGGCAUCUGCUCAGGCUGAACCCCAAACUGAACAUGAUCACAUCAGCCCUGCGCCGCGCCUGGGGUGACAUUUCGGGCUUCCUCAUCGUCAUCCUUGUCAUGCUCCUGGCUUAUUCCAUCACAUCAAAUUUAUUAUUUGGUUGGAAGCUGUAUUCCUACAAAACCCUCUUCGAUGCAAUGGAAACGAUGAUCAGCCUUCAGCUAGGAAUCUUCAACUAUGAGGAGGUCCUGGACUCCAGCCCAGUGCUUGGCUCCUUCCUCAUUGGGUCGUGUGUCAUUUUUAUGACGUUUGUGGUGCUGAAUCUGUUUGUCUCCGUCAUCCUGGUGGCGUUCAGCGAGGAGCAAAAAUGUGGUCAGCUGUCAGAGGAAGCAGAAAUCGUGGAUUUGCUCCUGAUGAAAAUACUCAGUUUCCUGGGCAUCCGAUGCAAAAAAGAGGAGCCUCAGAGCGGCCCAGAACAGCCCAAGUCGCCCUCCACGGUUCAGUCCCCUCGGCCAGCACAAGCUUCUCCCAAGUUUUAAGCUGCCCACCCGGAUCGGCUCCAGCCUGCACUUCCCGGGGAGGGGGAGCCCCUCCAGGCACCAGGGUUUGUGUCCAUAGAUGACCCAGCAAGUAGAAAAGUAAGAACAUGUGCACCCUAAAAUUGGCACUGCUUCAAGAGCUGCUUGUUCCCGUUUCCUCCUACAAAUAAAGAAACUAUG